CCUGCAGCACCUAGACACGUAUUCCUCAUAAUCAGGGUUUAUAUACCUUGUCCAUAGCCCCUCAUGCGGCAUAACGUGCUGGGAUUUCAAUGGCAAAUAUUCUGAAACAGAACAAAAACAAACAUGAUGAUGUGAGAUUCAAACAUAAAAACAGUGGCAUAUAAUAAACUCAGUCUCUCAACAUUAUACGGUUUACUGAGAAUCUAUCAAUUUUAAAAUAAAUUGAACCAUCCAAAUCAAGCGACAAUGCCGGAAGAACUCAAACCCAGUCUGUAUACAAUCAAAAACCACAGCGUCGGCAAUGUUCUCUUUGAAGAUAUAGUCGUUGGCGAUGAGACUAUAAUAAUAGGCGACCACCCUAGAAACGAGGAGAUCCAGACAUGGCUUAUCCAGAAGAAUGGUGAUGGAUCAUAUUACAUGCAGAGUGGAUUUACUGCUAAAUUCCUGGCCAUUGAUGGAACACCACGAAACGGCGUAACCCUCAUCGGAAGCGAAACACCCCAGAGAUGGACGGUAGAGCAGGCAACCGGGUCUGGUUUCUGGCUUAUUCGCGUCCCUGGCACGCAGCUCAGCCUUCACUUGCCGGACAAUAAACAGGGCACGAAAUGCCGGCUUGUGGAUGGAUAUCCGCCCAGUGCGCCUCCACCAGCUGCUCAAGGACAAGGACAGAAGAGGACAAUUUGUGGUUUGAAGCCUGUUGUUUUCUGGGUGUUUGUUGUGAUACUCUCGGCGAUGGUUAUCGGCGGUGCUGUUGGGGGAGGAGUCGGUGGGACGAUAGCGGCAAGGAAUAAUAGCAAUAAUGAUAAUACUGCACAAUCCGAUACAACGAGCACCAACAACGCACCAGCAACCCAAGCCCCCACCAAAGCAUCUUCAUCUACCACAAUACCCUCAACCACCUUCUUCGCUCCCGUAACAUCUGGCACGAUAGACAUGGCCUCAAACCCUGCCCCUGCAUCAAUGAAUGGCACAACCAUCCGCACCUCAACUGGCUCCCUAUUUGCCGUCUACUGCAGCGUCGAUUGGCCCAACGGUGACGACGCAGCAAACGGAAACGGGACGGUCAAGGGCCUGAAGCCUUCUUACUUCCGAUACACGUUAAAUGACUGCAUUGCGUCGUCUGUUGAUUAUAAUAAGGAUCUUGUGGCUGGGGAGAAGAGUUGUAAGGCGGUUACAUAUGCGGCGAAUUUGACGAGUGCGAGUGAGCAAGGGGGGAAUUUUUAUCUCAAAGAUAGGGUUGUAGUGUAUAUGGAGGGGUCUUUUGGGUCGAUGUCUGCGGGGAUUGUUGGGGGGUAG